CUUGAACGCUGGCUAGCUUGCGAGACUCAGUUGGUUCGGUUAGUUCAGCUGGAUUGUGGGAUUGUGUUGACGGUCUGUUGUUUAUUUAUUUUUUUGUAUCUGACGUAGAGCGAAUUGAAUAAUGAGCAAAUCUACUUUUAAAUCGAGCGGUGGAGGGAGUACAGACGGACUUGAUAAGGUUGACAUGUCUUUAGAUGAUAUCAUCCGGCUUAAUAAGAAACAAAAACAAAUGCAGGCCCAGAAGACAAAACGCAGACCCCCAGUAAAAGGUCGGUUCACCCAAGGGAUGAAAAAUGGGCCAAGAGCUGUAGUGUCAUCUAAAAGAGGUGUUGGUGUUGUGAACAAGCGCUUUGGUCGGAACCGUAAACUUCCACUCACAGUAACCAAGCGUCGUGGGCAGGGGGUCAUCACUGGGUUGGCAGCGAGGAAGAAUGCUGCACGGCUUAAAGGUAUCAGUCCACUCAACCGACCUGCCCAGAACAGACCCGCUCAGAACCGGCCAAUGCUGAACCGACAGGUGGCAAACAGUGCAGCUUUUAACCAGAGAUCUCAGCCAUUUGUCCCACGCCGUGACUCCCAGCGCAGACAGAUGCAGCUCCAGAGGAGACCAAACCGACAGGUGGAUUCACACAAACCUCAGGGCUCAGUUUCACACAGACCCUUUCGGCUCCGCAGGAAAUGGAAUGCUCCAGCUGCUCAGCAAACACAGAGAGAAGCUCGGCAGGCCACUUUCCUUUUCAGAAGAGGACUCAAGGUUCAUGCGCAAGUUCAGAAGACAAAGUCAGCUCCCCCCAUACAGAGAACUCGAGCGUGGCGCACUCCUACAAACAACAAUGGCAUUCUCACCGUGUCAAUAGACAACCCCACAGCAAGAACACAGCCCGAGCCUGCCCAGUCUUGGUCCCUGCAUCCUGUGACUUCAACACAUUCGUCAUCUCCACCUAAAGAAGAACCAGAGAGGAAACCACCUAAGGGUGUCGCCCUGCAGUUUGAUAUCAACAGUGUUGGAAAACAGACAGGAAUGACCCUAAAUGAGCGGUUUCGCAUUCUGAAGGACCAGCGUGUGGCGGCAGCACAUCAGAGCACUAAAGGAGGCCGAUUCGUCACUGUGGCCUAGAUCUGAACUCUUGAGACACUGCUCAUUGCUCAUCACACACACUGAGACACACCAAUCCUACAGGAGCGAACAGACAAAUAAGGACCGGAGCUGAACUAACGCUGUUCAUGACUAGAAUUGAAACACAAUGAAUUUCCCUGGUUGAAAGUGGAUCAAAAACUGAAUGCAGCUAUUUUGUUUUUUGCAAGAGGAGUUGGGAAAGUGUUUGAUUUAGUUUUUUUUAAUGUCUGCUGUCCUGUCCACACUAAGCAACCAUAACUGUCGUCCCUCAAUUUCAGUUACCAUUGUAUUGUCUUCUAAACUGCCCUUGAUAUUUGGAGUUGUUUUUUUUAUACAAGCAAACAUUUUCUGUUAGACCUUGUCUUUAUUUUUCCUAAAGCUGUUGAAUGAAGAAGAUUGCAUUUCUUUUGUAGAGCAAAAAAAGUCUUAUGAUGUUUUAUAAUGUUUCAAUUAAACAAAUGCAACAUAUUGUGCACCAAAUAUUGACUUUCAUUUUGUGAGAAAAUGAAAAGUGCUUUGAAUUGUCUAUGAAAUACAACCCAUUAACUAAGAGUAGAUGAAAUGUAAUAGCAUUUAAUUUAUCAGUAUAUGGCAAGUUUCUGCUGCAUAACAGACUGAAAAAAGGGCAGCAACUUUCCACCUUUUUAUUCAUUUUUGUUUCAAAUUGGAGUGGAUUGCUUGUUUACUACUCGCUGAAUGCUGUGCAGUAUACAGUGUAUACGGCUUAUUACUUUUUUUAAAUAGCAUGUGAAACAAUGCUGUUCAGGGAUGCAAACUACUUACCUUUUGGCUAGUCACCUUUUGUUUGGUACUUCCCACAUUUUAUUUAUUAAAAUCACUAAGCUUUAAAUACAAGCAAAUCAACUGUAAUUAUACCCCUGGAACACCUGCUAUGACUUUCUCACCUUUUUUCACCUCUCAUCUUACAUUUUUAAUACAAUUUUGUGAAAAAAACAUUAUUUUAUAUAGUCCAGUACAAAUAGGGAAAUCACAACUUUAUAUUACUUACUGUACACUCACCGACCGCUUUAUUCUGAAUACUAUGAUCCUAAUAAAGUGCCCAACGUGGUCUUCUGCUGUUGU